UAAAAGUAACCGUGUAUAUUUUGUUGUUGCAUAUAUAAAAAUCAACUGAAACGGAUACCAUGUGCGCGGAUGUGUGAAAUUUUCUCUUUGAACGAUAGGGACUUGUGUGGGAUAAUAUACGUAAAUAUAUAUAAUAUUGGGGAGAAAAGUAGAUACUUUUACGUACGACGGUUAGUUGCGGUUGGAUUGCUCUUUGAACAAUAAGGAUGUGGAAUUGUGCGAAUUUCUUGUCGAAAUAAUAUACGUAAAUGUAAAAAAAACUAUUAAUAAUAUUGUGCUUAAAGUAUUCAAUGUCGGCGAAGAGAGCGAUUUAUUUAUAUUUUUUUUAUAGUUAAAAAACGAUGAAAACGAAAGUGAACAAUAAAAUAAUUGCUAUAACAAACAAAUUUCAUCGAUUUUGCCAGAAUUCCACUUCAAAUAGUGAACAAAAAAUGUAAAUAAUAUCGAGAGCAAAAACCAACAAUCUUAAAUAAAUUGCCUUCUCUUUCUUCGUUAACAGUCAGACAAGUUUGUUUAUUAAAAAAAAAAAUUAUAAAAAAAAAACCCAAUAAGAUAAAGCAUAAAGAAAGACAAACGUCAGUUUAAAUGAAAUAGAAGAGAACAAAAGAUAUUAUGCAGUUAGAUUGAGAAAAUUGUUAUCUGUUUUGUUUUGAUGCGACAUUCUGUGAAGGUAGUUUCGCUGGCUGAUAGAUAAUUUAGAAAAAUAGCAUAAGUAAAAAAGUUCAAAAGGAAGUUAAUGUUCAAUCUUGUGAUGAACAAAAAAAAAAAGCUAAAAUGCUAUGAAUAUUUUCAAUUAGUUUCACAAAUCCAUGUAAAUUAACCAAAUUCCUAUUGGGUAUAAUUUCCACGUACAGCAUAUACAUGAGCACGUGAAACGUCAUUGAAAACAGAAUAGUGAAAAAGAAAACAUUUACAUGCACAUGUGUGUGUACGUGGCUUUUGUUGCUGUUACAGUCUUUUUGUCUUUACAUUGCGUUUGUAAAACUGCAAGCAACAUUCUGACACAACAGCAGCUGAGCAUUGGUGCGAAGUAGAAAUAGUGAAAACGAGAAAAGAAAUUGACAUUUGUCAUUCAAUUCCUUGCUCCCCCAUAAAAUUUUAAUCCUUUACGAGAAGUUGCGUAGAAACAAAAAUAAAAAUAAGCCAUCAUUUCAUGGUCACUGGAUCCCUUGUGACACGAAUAAGUUCCGUUUGCCGUCAAAGUGAAAUCCGAAUAACAUAUCAAAAGUGAUGUAAUUACGAUUUAGUACAGACGCGUCGAUUAUUCUUCCACAUGGUCAUAGCAAAACGGUCGAACGGAUUUCAUUACAAGCAAUUCCAAUGUUCAAUUAUGAAGUUAAUGAUCAUACAAAGACUGCUGCAGCAAUAUCAACAAUAAAAAAAAUACUAAUAGUCAUAGCAAGUGAAAUUUUCAUUUACACAACGCAAACGUCAUCAUUACAAAUACGUGCCAAUAAUAUUCAAAAUACUAAUGCCAGCGACAGCUCUCGUAGCAGUAGUAACGUUGAUAAUGAUACUGACGCUGAUGCUCAUGCCAAUGCUGACGAUGAUGAUAAUGUCAAUGUUGCCAUAUUAGAUGACAGCAAAGCUCAUUUUGAUGCAAGUGUUACAAUACAAAAAAAUGGCCUUUGCUCAAAAUAUCACACAAAGUGUUGAAUACAUAAAAAUUUGGAAACAUAUCAAGUGGCGAACGGACAAUAAUCGCAAAUUUCUUUCCUCUUCUCCUACUUCUUCUUCUAUCAAUGCAUGUAAACGAAAUUUGUAAAAAGCAUAAAAGAAAGAUAUAUGUGUAAUUUUAAAAUUCUUCUCAAAACAAAGAAAAAAUAAAAGUGAUUUGUGUUUUUAUUUUUAAACUAAACUCAUCAUCUACUUUUAAAGCUUCAAAAAUAAACAAAAAAAAAUAUAUAAAAAAUUACAAACGAACACUAACUCCAACGUACGGAUUUUAAAGUGUAUUUUAUUAUAUAUAUAUAUAUAUAUAAUAAAAAAUAAUAAAAAUAAUAAAAAUAAAAAUCUGUACUUAUUUAGCCGUUAUAAUAAAAAAAAAAUACUUCUUGUAUUGUGUGCCAUACCACUCCAAUUACUUUAGUUGUUAAGGAAAGAGCGUUAAACUUUAGAUGAACGAACGAACAUAUCUCCAGCUGCCACAACAUUCUCACAAGGAAAUCAACUAAAACUACUAUUACUCCCCCAUUCAUACAGCGAAACAAAAAACAAGAAAACAAAAAAAACAAAAAAAAAUCUCUACUGAAAUUGUAUACCAUCACCACCGACAAGAAGGUUCCAAGCCAACAAAAAAAAAAAAAAAAAAAAAAAUUGAAACGAAACCUUAACAUAGCUUCACACAUACGAUGACAAUAUCAAAGAAAUUCAAUCGUUUAAGUAAAAACGCUAAAAGUGAAAUUUCAGAUCAGAACAACAAAUCAAAAAAAAUAACAGCAACUAUGUCACUGAUAGCUGCUAAUAAUCGCGGUGACGACAAUACUAGAAGCACGGGCAAUGGAUUGCUAGAAGAAGGCAAGGUAUAUAAAAAAUAUGACAAAUUAUUAGAAGCAGCAAAGAUAACGAGGGCAGAAAUGUUGACCGCAAAUGCGACAAGGCAGCAAAUGUAUGAAUAUAACAAGGAUAAUAUGCAACAACAUUUGACAACGGACACAACGCAGUUAUCACCAUCAGUAUUUUCGUUUGCCACCACUAGUACAAAACCGACAACAAUAAUAACAGCAACAAUAACAGCAACAACAACAACAACAACAACAACAACAACAACAGCAAUAGCAGCGACAUCCGCGCCAGCAACAAAAAUAAUAAGUGACAGAAAAAACACGCAUUCGUGGCGUUUUGAUCGAGUAAUCGACGGAAUUAGUGAUGUUAUAAAGAGCGGUCGCGAUGACGAGAAUGAUGAUGGUUUACUUAGGCGCUUAGACGAUAGUAAAAAUCGCUGGCAAAUAUCUAACCCACCAUCGCCACCCUAUCAUUAUAUGACUUCGAAAGCCUUUGAUGACGUCAGUGACAGAUAUUUUCUUAGUAAUGCUUUUCCUGCGAAGGCCAAUGCUAAUAUACUGCCAUCUACAUCGGUAGCAACCAUCUUACCUACAUUUGUAUCCGUCUCAACGCGUUUGUUGCCAGCUAUACAAUCAGCAACGAACGUUAGUGUUCCAAUGCAACAACAAAAGCAAUCUUUAUUGUCGCAAUCGAAAUCAACGUCAUCGGAACUGCUGCUACCUCCUGAUGAUGACUCGUAUUCCGUAUCCGUUUCCCCUUCGCAUUUAAAUACAGUCAGCUCUUCAGCUUCAUCGUCAUCAUAUUAUCAACAUCCUUUGUCGUCAUCCUCUAACUCCUCCGCUUAUCUAACGACACCAUCAGCAUCAGCAUCAGCAACAGCAUCAACAUCACCGUCACCCUCAUCUUUAUUUUGUAAUUGUUGCAAUAACUUUAUAGCACGUUGCUGUUUUGGCUCGCCCUUUGUGAAGGCCGUCAACGUGCGUCGUUGCGUUUUGGCGUUAUUCGCUAUUACAGUGAUGACAAUAUUCUAUUACACACACUACGUCGACACAGGAGUAUUUGUGGGGCUCAUACAACGUGAUACACGACCUACACCAAUCGUAAAUUGUCGAAUGACUAGUGGUAAGCAUGCGCGAGGUAUAUCACCAGCACCCGAUCAUCGUACCGAGGCAGGUUUACGUAUCGAUCCAAAAGUUUUGGUAUUCGUGGAGACCACGUAUUCGCAACUGGGUAGAAAUAUCUCCGAACUGCUUGUUUACAAUCGUAUAAAAUAUAAAAUCGAAGUAGCUGGUAAGAGUCUACCAUCGUUAACGAAUUUGGAUAAGGGUCGUUACGGCGUCAUAGUGUUCGAGAAUCUUGACAAGUAUUUGCAUAUGGAUAAAUGGAAUCGUGAAUUACUUGAUAAAUAUUGUCGCGAGUAUUCGGUGGGUGUUAUUGGAUUUGUUAGUCCCAGCGAAGAGACGUUAGUAGCUGCCCAACUACGAGGAUUUCCUGUAUUUGUCCAUACAAAUUUGCGGUUACGUGACGCCAGCUUAAAUCCGGCUUCGCCGGUAUUGCGUUUAACUCGGGCCGGCGAAACAGCUUGGGGUGCCUUGCCCGGCGAUGAUUGGGCCGUAUUUCAACAUAAUCAUUCAACUUAUGAGCCCAUAGAAUGGGCUCAACGCAAUUCGCAGGACUACCCUUCAGACAGUGGUGGUCAAGUGCAUUUACCUUUAACGACCGUCCUUCAGGAUCAUGGUCAAUUAGACGGUAUUAAGCGUAUACUUUUUGGUAGCAAUUUGCAUUUUUGGCUGCAUCGACUACUCUUCCUUGAUGCCUUGUCAUAUCUCAGCCAUGGGCAACUAAGUUUGAGUUUGGAACGUAUGAUAUUAGUUGAUAUUGAUGAUAUUUUUGUAGGGGAGAAAGGAACCCGUCUACGACCUGAUGAUGUAAGAGCAUUGAUAGCUACUCAAAAAAUUAUUGCUUCGAUGGUACCGGGUUUCCGAUUCAAUUUGGGCUUUUCGGGCAAAUAUCAUCACCAUGGAACGCAUGAGGAAAAUCUUGGCGAUGAUUUUCUGUUGCAAAAUGUACACGAGUUCACUUGGUUUUCACAUAUGUGGAAACAUCAACAGCCGCACUUGUACGAUAAUAUUACAUUAUUGAUAUCGGAAAUGCAAUUAAACCACGCUUUUGCGGAAGAUCACAACAUUCCUACGACCUCGGGAUAUUCAAUAUCGCCUCACCAUUCGGGUGUGUACCCGGCCCAUGAGAUAUUGUACGAGGCUUGGCAAAAAGUUUGGAAUAUAAAAGUAACUUCCACCGAAGAAUAUCCACACUUAAGGCCGGCGCGACUUAGAAGGGGAUUUAUACACCGCAAUAUUAUGGUUUUGCCACGACAAACCUGUGGCUUGUUCACUCACACAAUGUACAUUGAUCGUUAUCCCGGUGGCCGUGAUAAAUUAGACGAAUCGAUACAAGGCGGCGAAUUAUUCCAGACAAUCGUCUAUAAUCCAAUUAACAUUUUUAUGACGCACAUGUCCAAUUACGGAUCGGAUCGUUUGGCUCUUUACACCUUUCAGUCGGUCAUCAAGUUCCUGCAGUGUUGGACUAACUUAAAAUUAGCCUCAGCUCCGCCCAUACAAUUGGCCGAAAUGUACUUUCGCCUGCAUCCCGAAGAAGUUGACCCAGUCUGGGGUAAUCCCUGCGACGAUCCCAGGCAUCGUAAAAUCUGGUCAAAAAGCAAAAAUUGUGAUUCCUUACCAAAAUUUUUGGUUAUCGGACCGCAGAAAACAGGCACCACUGCUCUUUAUACAUUCCUUUCGAUGCACUCCAGUAUUGCUAGUAAUGUACCCAGUCCUGACAGCUUUGAAGAAAUACAAUUUUUCAAUGGUAAAAACUAUUAUCGUGGUUUGGAUUGGUACAUGGAUUUUUUCCCAAUGGACACAAAUGCCAGCACAAUACGUUACAUGUUCGAGAAGAGCGCCACAUAUUUUGACGGCGAAACGGUACCAAAACGGGCACACGCCUUGUUACCACAUGCAAAAAUUGUAACCAUUCUCAUUUCGCCUGCUAAGCGGGCCUAUUCCUGGUACCAACAUCAACGCGCACACAGCGAUGCGAUUGCGAAUAAUUAUAGCUUCUAUCAGGUUAUAACAGCAGCCGAUACAGCACCUAAGGCACUCAGAGAUUUACGUAAUCGCUGCCUUAAUCCUGGUAAAUAUGCACAAUAUCUGGAACGUUGGCUCUCUUAUUAUACCGCCCAACAAUUGCACAUCAUUGAUGGCGAGCAGUUGCGCCUGAAUCCCGUCGAUGUAAUGAACGACUUACAACGUUUUUUGAAAAUUCAACCGGCCUUCGAUUAUUCAAAUCGUUUACGAUAUGAUAUUAAAAAAGGAUUCUAUUGUCAAAUUGUCAACGAGAAACGUAACAAAUGCUUAGGAAAAUCAAAGGGACGCCAAUAUCCGCCCAUGGAUGAACGCAGUGCUAAACUAUUACAAAGAUAUUAUUUAAGCCAUAAUACAGCACUUGUCAAGCUUAUGAAGAAAUUGGGAGCACGGCCCAUACCUCAGUGGCUUAAGGAUGACUUAUCAACUGGAACGUGAUAGCGGCUUAGGCCCAAGUUGCGUAAGUUUCGUGCAAAACUAAGAAAACAAUUACGACACUUUAUAGCUCUUCAACCUCAAUUGCCACAACACAGUUAUUACCCUCAAUAUCAGCAAAAGCAGACGCAGCACCAGCAGCAACAGCAGCAGCAAUAGUGUUAGUAGUCAACAUACUCCUUUCUCCGUUAUCGUUUAUCCUAUGGCGUUAAAAAUCAAUAAAAUAGCUACAGCAUCAGUUGUUGCAUGCUACUUAUAGCAUACAAAUGAAACGUUGCGAACGAUAAAAAAAACCCCCUAAAAUCAUGCUAUGUGAAAUGAAGAAAUGGAAACACUAUCGCUAGCAGUAUAUUAAUCUUACUUUCCUCUUAUGAUAACAUCACAAUGAGUUACUUUUUUUAAACAUUUUAAAUAUGUGUGCGUACUAUUGAUACGCUAUAUAAGUUACUUAACAAUCGAAGAUCAGUAAAUCAAUCAAACGUUGAAAUAUGAAAACGUAAAAGCUUGUAAAACAUUUUAUUGUCAAUAGUUAGUUGAUAAGUGUGUGACAACAUUUUAAUUUUGUUUUUGUUUUUGUUUUCUUUUUUUUUUUUUUUUUUCAUCACAAUUCAUUCCACUUGCAGUAGAUGAUAUUCAUGUAGUAUAGCACGCUUAUAGGUGUACUCA